AUUUUAAAAAAAAUAUUUGGUGAUACUUGAUUACGUUCAAAUUCUACUGCUUAGAUGUGAGUAUGGACUUUUACUUCCUUGCCAAAUUUAAAAUCGAUAGUUACAUAUUUGAGUCACUUAUGACGUUAUUGAAUAUAGUACGGAAUAUCCCGAUCACCCUGUACAGUAUGUGAAAACGCUAAAUAUAAAAGUUUUAGCUGUCCAUGCGGGCUAUAUAGCGAUGUAAAAAAAACUGGCAACAGAAUCACAGCCUUCCUUGUUAUGAUCAAUUAUCAUUACAAAGGGAGACCAAUUUUCAGUUUUUUGCAAAUUACCGACGCACCCUGUACAUUUUUAAAAAAUCAUCAAGAAAAAGGUUUUUGAUCCGGAUGUUGCGCGUCGUUUGGUUAAAGAAUUUUUUCGGUAGUAUAUACCGUCUUGGAGAAAUUUUUUUUUCUCGAUACCCUGCAAAUGCGGUUUUUAAUUUUUUAAAAAUACUUCUCGACUCCGCAGCCCCCCCAGUUUCAAUAGGCUUCGUUACGGAGCUAAACUCUAUAUAUGUGUCAAAUUUCAAGUGGAUGGCUUCAAAUUUCGGACACUUAUCGUGUUUCAUAGCGAAGUCCACAAAACAGACGAAAAUCGAAAAAAAAAGAUGGACGCCUUGGUUUGAUCAGACCCAUUUUUUACUGGUUUGUGUACCUCGAGCACGGCUUAAGAGGAGCCAAAUUUGAAGGUCGGGCUGCAAACCGUUCAAAAGAUAUCGCCAAUUAAUGCCAGGUCUACAGAGAAACGGAGAACAGAAAAAAAAGUUUUUUUUUCGACGCUGAUCACUUCUGUACCAAUGGCGGUCUCCUAGGACCUACCGAUGCCGAGAUAUAAAUUUCGUUAACAAGCGCGUAUGCUUUCGAAAAAUUGUAUUUCAUCGAUUUUUCGAAAGUAACAAGAGAAUUGGAAAUGGUAAACUUAUUUAUUUGAAACACAUGAAACAUGGAAUUUUAGCAGAAAUUGCAAACAAAAUCGUUGAUUUAAAAAUACGCAAUUCAGUGAUGGCCGAGUGAUUGUCAUAAAUUUUCCCGAAAGAGGAAAGAAAAAAAUUUGUUUUAAUUGUGUAUUGUUUGUGGUUAUGUUUAUGCGACAUUUUUCGGUUAGCAUUUUUAAGUUUAUAGAGCUAUACGGAACAUGGACAAGGAUUCUGAGGAGCUAAUAAAAUAUUCAGCCUUCAGUAAAUUACAAAAAUUAAGGAAACAGACGGUUAAUUCUACAACUUCUACGCGGUAUAACCCCAGAAAUAAACCAACCCCCGUAAAAAAACAACCAAAACAUGAAGAAGGGGCAGACGAGAAUCAACUGCCGUUUCGCCAAUUACUUCAAGUUUUUGACUUGAAACGCCAAGAUGAUGUUAGUAAGGCUUUAAAUGAAAGAUUGACUUUGUUUGAUGAGUUCAGCAAAACACAGCAAAAACAAAGGAAAGAAACGUGGAUGAAGACUCAGCAGGGCUUCAUAGAAGACAUGGCCAAACAGGAAAUUGCGAUUAUGCAAGCAAACGAGCAAUACGACUUACAAAAUUCAUCAGAGCAUGCCAAAUUGGUGCAACACUAUCAGGAUGCGGCACUGAGAAUGAAGCAGAAGCAAGCAGAGCUCCAAGAGAAGGAAAGGCACCGCCGGAUAUUGAAGGAGAACAUAGAAAGGCUUAAGAGGAACCAAACCCAAUUUAGAGUUGAAUAUGAACAAAUUGGGGACAUGCUAAAAUACUGCCCAGACAAGGAUCAAUUGAGAAACAUUGUGGGUGAAGAGUUGAGUUUGGUUCAGUCAAUUCCAGGCGAGAUGGAAGCGCUUAUAAGUAGCUGUAAAGCAGGUUCUGUUUCAGAGCGGGAAGUGGCAAAAUCUGCUGAUAUUUUAAAUAGAAUUGUCAAUUUAAAAAACCGUUUGAAUAGAGCCAAUCAGGAAAUUGUUAACAAAGCAGAACAGGUAAAAGAAGAAGCCGAGAAACAGAAACAAUUAGCCAAAGAAACUGCAAAAAUGUCGGAAAAUGCUAGCAAUCGGGUAUUGGACGAAGAAAUAGAAGAAACAGAUGUUAAUAAUUUAAAGAUAACUGAAUAUGUGAACUUGGGCAACUUGCAGAUGUACACUGAACUAAUGGAUUACUUGAAGGCCUACACUGAUUCAAUUCAACAACUAGAACAGGAUGCAUCAAUGAAACAGUUCAGGUUUGAUUGUAAAAAAGCUGUAAAUAUACCUGUUAACGCCCUUUCAGGAGCAAAUUCUCAUCAUAUCCUUGACAAGUACCAAAAACUACAUGGCCUCUUAUCCGGACAAAAUGUAAUCGUCAGCGAUAGACAAGUAAAUGCAUCGCAACAUCCUCAGGGAGUAGCGUUCUGCAAAAACUUGUUGGCUAAAAAGUUUGUUCUACAAGGGGACCUCAUAGUGUCUAGCAAUCACAGAUCGGCAUUCUGCUAUGCUUCCAUGAUAGUGACUUUGUGGAACGACUUUCCAGAUUUCGGCAAGCUUUUGCUUGCCUAUUUUUACAAAUCAUGCCCAUACUUGGUGCCUUACUACAUACCAAAACAAAUUGACGAGACAGACGAAGAGUAUUAUAUAAAAUUGGGGUAUCAGUACACUGAUGGUCAAAUUGAGAAGCAGGACAAGUUUCUGAAACGAAUGACGGGCAUUGUUAGGUUGUAUUCGGCAAUUCUAGUAGCAAAACCUAAACGAGGGCAGAGUUCUUCACCCCACAAUCUCAGAAAUGGUUGGAGAUGGUUGGCGUGUUUAUUAAAACUUAAACCCAGGAUGGAUAUAACUGCCACAGCUUUGCAUGUUUUCCUUGAAACAAUAGGGUAUGAAAUGAAUGAAAAGUAUGGUCAACUAUUUCAGAAAAUUCUCCGAAUAAUUUAUGAAGUAUUUUUGCCUCUAUGCAGAGAAGCAAAAUGCACAGGAGGGGCUGUUACAAGACUUGAGUUGCUGUUAAAUGAUUAUUUCAAACACAAAACAUUUGGAUACUUCGGAUACAUAGCACAUACUGAUUGGUGAAAUGACAACAUAUAAAUGGUAGUAAAUGUUUUAAUCUUAAGUUUUACCAAAAAAUGAGUAUGUAAAUAUAUGAUUGAUUAUUCAAAAUAAUAAAAUAAUUAGAGUUUAUAGUUUUUUUCAAAUUUAAUUUAAUUUUGUGUUAAAUUGUAUGCAAUAUAUGGACAAUUGCUUUUUCACAACAUACCUGUACAUACACAGCACAGAUGUAACUAAAAUUUC